AAAUAAAUAAAUAAAAUAUAUCAGUUUUUGAAUCAGAAUAAAUUUUUAUAUCAAAAGAAAGAAUAGCCUAAACUUAAUUAUUCCAUUUUAUCUAGCUAAUUAGUAUUAAUUUCAACAAGAUAUUUAAAAGACAAUCAAAUAAAUAUGAAAAGCAGAUUUGCUAGCACUAAACCAGAAGUUGAUUCUGAUCACUCAGAUGGAGAAAGAUAAUUGUUAGAAAAAUAAUAAGAAUAGCUUAUGAAUCAAAUUCCUUCAAAAAAAAAGAGGCCUCUUAUUGCUAAAGAGAAAAAGCAAUUCGAUUCGGCAGAUUUUUUCAUGAAAGGUGAUGAAAACGGCUCUAAUACAACUAGUGAUGAAAUGCAAGAUAUCUAAUAAGAUGGGACAGAUGACACUCAAUCAAAAUCUUCAUCAAAUAAUCCCCAUAAAUCCAAAAUGAGUUCUAAUUUUAAAAAAGAUACUCAAAACGGUAGCUAUGAGAAUGGCAAAUAAAGUGAUGAUGACGAAGAAAACGAAAACAAAAGCAAUAAAUUUACAAGUUAGCAAAAUAAAAAUGCAAUCUUAGCUGAAGAGGAGAGAGCAAGGUAGGCAAAAUAAAAGCUUGAGCAAGAAGAAAAAGAAGCAGCAGAUAGAAUUAAAAAACAAAAGGAAGAAGAGGAGCUAGAAAGGAAAAGAAAAAUGUUAGAAGAAGAAGAAUAAAGAAAAAAAAAGUAGAAAGAGGAGUUAGAAUUAAGGUAAAAAAAAUAAAAAGAGGAAGAGGAAGAACGCCUGAGAUAAAAAAAAGAAUAAGAAAAGUUAGAAAAAUAAAAGGAACAGUAAAGGUUACAAAAAGAAAAGGAAGAAAGGGAAUAACAGGAGGCUAAGAGGUUAGAAAUGGAGAAGAAGUUAUAGUAACAAAUUCAAAGUAGUCCCUCUAAAAAGUACUCUAUUGAUGAUGAUGAAGAAGAAGACUAAGAUUAAUUGCUUGCAUAGCAAUAGCAAUAAAUGUUAAUGAAAAAAACUACCACAAAAAAACCUCUUAUUACAAAGUAGAAGAAGGUUUUUGACUCAGCAGAUUACUACAUGAAAGAUGAACAUAAUGAAGAUGAUGAAGAUAAGGAUGCUAAUGGCUCUGACUAAAAAAAAUAAGAUGACAACAGAAAAGUCAUUGAAGUAAAAACAAAUUAUUCGAAGUCUUCAUUCGUUAAUUCACCUUAGACAUCAAAUAAUAAUUAAGAGAAUUAGACUCAAAAUAUUUCUGAAAGUAAUUAAUCAUAAAUAGCAUUUCAAUCUGAUCCAAUUAAACCUGAGCCUAUUUAAUUCGCUGAUCCAAGCUAAAAUAGCAAUAAAUUAAAGAUUAUUGGACUUUAAGACUCAGAUGAAGAUGACGAUGAUGAUGAUUUAUAAUUCAAUACAAUUAUCAUUACAAAUUCAUCACCAAAAAAUCAACUCUCAGAUGGAUAAUCUCCUAGAAGCAAUAUAUUAAAAAACAAACCUGGAGAGUCAAGAGAUAGGUCAAGAGAGAAGGAGAGAAAAAGAGUUUCAUUUUCUUUACCAUCUGAUAAAUUCAAUAAGUAAGAAAAUAAUUAAGAUAGUACUAGUACUUAGAAAGAUGAGAAAGAGGAAGAUUAGCAAGUAAAAAUCAAUAAUGUCCAUAGUUUAAAAGGAAGUAGAUUUUUAAAAUAACCACACGGAAGCGUUAUAGAUAGCGAAUAAGAAGAUCAAGAAAAUAGUAAGAAAGAAACAGAAAAAACUAUCAAUUAACCUCCUAAACCCGCAAAUGAGCAAGAAGCAUAGAAAACUCUUUAAGACUAAAUUAAUUAAGCCACUUAAAAGCUAAAGUAAUAAGGAGGUGCUAAAAAAUUACCUCUACUUGUCAAAGAUAAAAAGAAAUUAGAUUUUGAUUCAGCAGACUAUUUCUUAGAGGAAGAAGAAAAAAAAAGAAAAUAGUGCACCAUCAGUAUGCCUGAUUUGCAAAUGCACGAUGAUGAUGAAGAAAAUGAUGAAAAAGAGGAAUAAAUUUAUUACAUGAAAAUAAAUAUAAAUAGAAAUCCAAAGCACAAAAAAUCAAUACUAUCUAAUUGUAAUAAAAAAUCAAGAUCCAUGCCUGAAUUAAAUAUUGCAGGAUUAGCAUAAAAUGAUGAUGAAGAAAAUGAUGAUAAAAAAAAUCUAAAGAAUUAAGAUAAGCUUCAAAAUUUGAUUUAAAAUGAAGACCUUGCUUAAGAUAAGAUUAAAGAAGAUACUAGUGAAGAUGAUGACAUAGAAUUUGAUGAUAAAAAAUAAGAAGACGAAAAAAGAUCUCAGCCAACUAACAGCAGUAUUGAAGAUGAAGAUGAUUUCCUACCUAAAAUAAUUCAUAGUAAAAUUACUAACUCUAAGUUCUAAAAGUAUAGAAAUCAAGUACAUUAAAGUGAUGAUGACGAGGAGGAGGAAGAUGAAGAGGAUAAGGCUCAGAAAGAUAAAUCAUCAGAAAAUAACUUAAUUUUAUAACAUUAAUCAGAAAAAAUAAAUGAAGAUAAAUAAAAUAAUGCUGUAAAUAAUAAUAAUAUUUAUGGAAAUGAUCAAUAAAAUGAGCAAAAAUAAGAAGAAGAAAACGAUGACUAUGAAGAGGAAGAAGAAGAAUAAAACUAGUAUUACAGACUUAAAGAGACAACUUCUAAUCCUAGAAGAUCAGUAUUUGCUUCAUCAAAAAAUAGUAAUGGUCUUGAAAAAUGUGAACCAGAAAAUAGAGAAAGCUAAGAUGAAGAUAGUUAAAUCUAAAAUAAUACAAAUAAAAUAAUUUCUCAUCAAGAAUCUGAGUAAUUAAUGGAGGACCAGUCAAAGAAUGUAUCAUAGUAAGCAAAAAGUGAACAUGAUUCGUAUUAAAUUCAACUUCCUAUUGCUAAAAAGAAAAAAAAUCUUUUAAAUAAGGAGAAAAAGAAAGAAUUUGAUUCUGCUGAUUUCUUCAUGAAAGAUAAAUGA